UGGAUCUCACUCUGGGUUUAGACCAUCCUACCUACCGCAUCCCAGACAUUGAGAUGUGGUAGACUGGUUCUUAUGAAGUUUCUAGCCAAAGUGGAGAGAUCCCAUGGACGUUUGCAAGACCUGACAACUGAGCAUCCAGAUUUGGUCAAAGAUCAAGAUCUUCAAGACGAUCAAGUGAAGUUGGUAAUCUAUGUCCAAGGUUGGCCAUUUGCCAUAGAAGAUUGCAAGGCUAAGUCCCAAGGCUGCUGAUGGUUUGCUUGAAACCUGUUGUGAAAAUUUGAGAUUUUCAUCAGUGCAAGUUCAUUGCUUCAGUUGGUGACUCUUGGGUCAAAAGUUUCCUAGGAGGACCAACAUUGAUAUCCAUUAUCCAAGAGCAAGAGCAGUCCCAGAGGCACCAGAGCAGGUGUGGAUAAGAACUCAGAGUGAAGCAAGAGUGGACCGCAGUCAUGCCCUCUGUGCCCACUCUCAACAGCCUGGGCAAGCUAUGCGGCUCUGGACGCAGUCAGCAAGUGGACCGCAGCCGCAUCAAGCGCAAGAACUCAGUCAAACGGAUGUCCGUUAUUGAGGAUGGGCGUGUGGCAGAGGUGCUCUACCUCAUCCCCAAGCAGUCCAUGAUGCAGCAGCUGCCCUUCAUCAACCCUGAUGACUACUACCUAACAGAGAGUCUGGUGCCAGUGGCACAUACGCAGGAUGCUCACCACCAUUCGGACAAGCCUCUGAUCCAGUGCUAUAAGUGUGGAGAAGCAUGCAAGGGCGAGGUGUUACGAGUGCAGAACAAGCACUUCCACAUCAAGUGUUUCACAUGCAAAGUGUGUGGAUGUGACCUGGCGCAGGGAGGGUUCUUCAUGAAGAAUGGAGAUUACCUCUGUACUCUGGACUACCAGCGUAUCCACGGCACCCGCUGUAAUGCCUGCGGGGAGUUUGUGGAGGGGGAGGUGGUCACUGCCCUGGGGAAGACCUACCACCCAGCCUGCUUCGUCUGCACCAUCUGCAAGCGGCCGUUUCCUGCUGGAGACAGAGUGACGUUUAAUGGAAAGGACUGUCUGUGUCAGUACUGCGCUGAGCCCAUGUCUCCUGGCCCCACCAAGAACAUCACUGGGCCUAGCACCUGUGCGGGUUGUGGUAGAGACAUUAAGAAUGGCCAAGCCCUGCUAGCCUUGGACAAACAGUGGCAUUUGGGCUGCUUCAAAUGUAAAGCCUGUGGCAAAGUACUGACCGGAGAAUACAUCAGCAAAGAUGGCGCCCCCUACUGUGAGAAAGAUUACCAGAUCCAUUUUGGAGUGAAGUGUGAAGCGUGCCACCAGUUUAUCACAGGCAAAGUUCUGGAGGCAGGGGAUAAGCACUACCACCCCAGCUGUGCUCGCUGUAGCAGAUGUAAUCAGAUGUUCACUGAAGGAGAGGAAAUGUACCUGCAAGGAUCAACUGUUUGGCAUCCAGGCUGCAAGAGCUCCACCAGAACAGAAGAGAGACACAGGCUGUUGCCCGCGUCACUAGCGCUCCUCGCCAAAACAGAAAGGCAGCCGACACGCUCGUCGUCCGAGAGUAUGUGUUCCAGACCUGGUUCAAGCAUACCUGGCUCACCGGGUCACACCAUAUAUGCAAAAGUAGACAAUGAGAUCCUUGAUUACAGGGAUCUAGCUGCCAUUCCCAAAGUCAAAGCCAUUUAUGACAUUGAGCGUCCAGAUCUUAUCAACUACGAGCCACUUUACACCACUUCCCUUGAUGAGACUCUUGAGGAGAGAGAGAGUGUGGGAGAGCUUCAGAUGUCAAGGCGAGAACGCUCUCCCAUGCCAGACGACAGAACACCAAGAACCAUGUCACCAACUCCAUCUGCAGAUAGUUAUUACGACAUGAGGGGGCACAUCCUCCAGAGGUCUACAAGUCAGGGCUCCAUUGGAUCACCAAUCUACAGUCGCCAUAGUUACACGCCAACAAUGUCACGCUCACCACAGCACUUUCACAGGCCAGGCACUGAGCCCUCCAGUGGCCGGAGCUCCCCUGGGGCCAGCUCUUCUUCUGUCCCCCUGACCCCUAAACAUUUCCAUCUGCCAGAUCAAAGUGAGAAUAUCUACAGGAAGCCCCCCAUCUACAGACAGCACGCCCAAAGCAAGUCUGCAGAUGACAUCAUCAAAUCUGCCAAAUUUCCUUCGGCGUUCGCCCCCAGUCAAGACGAUGCACCUAAGAUAGAGACUGACUACUGGCCAUGUCCGCCUGCCAGGACCACCCUAGGGUCGGAUGGAAGGAGGAGGUCCAGAGACGAAGAUGAGGAGGAACUUCAGAAACGAAGACAACUCCAAGAAGAGCAUCUCACCAAAAUGCAGUCUGGCCUCGGGAAGCUCAUCUUGAAGGAGGAGAAGGAGAAGCAGCAGAUCCGAGAGCGUCAUGCACGGAGUCUGUCUGCACAACGGCACGCAAGCGCAGAUCCAAACUCUCCUUCCAAAACAGGCUCCCUACCUGGAUAUGGGCGAAAUGGUCUACAUCGGCCUCAGUCCACUGACUUCACACAGUAUAACAGUUACGUGGAUGUGUGUGGUGGAAUGCGAGAGUUUCAGUCCUUGCAGGAUGGCCAUCGGUCAGUCAACAGAAUGGACAGGGGAGUUUCUAUGCCUAAUAUGUUGGAACCAAAAGUAUAUCCAUACGAAAUGCUCAUGGUAACCAGCCGUGGCCGCACUAAGCUGCCUAGAGACGUGGAUAGAACCCGGCUUGAGCGCCACCUGGCUCCCGAGACGUUCUUUGACAUCUUUGGGAUGGAGAUUGAAGAGUUUGACAGGUUGCCUCUGUGGAAGCGAAACGACAUGAAGAAGAAAGCCAGACUCUUCUAACCGUGCUGCCGUACCUCCAUAAGAGACCCCAGUACCCCCUCGCUCAUCUAACGUAGCCAUACAGCUCACUCGUAAUACCUUUCUUUUCUCAUGGCUCUCCCAAAGGAGGCAAAGGCGAAAGGACAGUCUCCAGAACGUCAUGUAGAUCACCACAGAACAUAGUUACACUCUUCAAAGUAAAGGUGCCAAAAGGAGGUUUUGGAGCAACACCACAAAAGAACCAAAAAGCUUGAAGAACCUCUCAAGAAUCAUUUCAGUAAAUUCCAUGCAAAAGUGAAUUUCAAAUGAAAUGUAUGCCAUGUGCACUCCAUUCAUUACAUUAGAGAAUCAUCAUUCCAUUGAAAGGUUCUUUAUGAAACCAAAAGUGGUUCUUCUGUCGAAUUGCUCCAGAGAACUCUUUCCAGUAUCUUUAUUUUUAAGAUUGUUCCAUCCUUUUGUUAAGUUAUUUAACAGUAGCCGCCAUUGUAGAUGUGCUGUUUAAAAUGUACUCGACAGGCCAAAACCAUGGCAGUAUAAGCGUGAAAGCAUUGCUAACUUUGUAAAUAUUUUAUUUUUUUGCAGACAGGAAUAUGUUUAUAAAUACCCUAAAUUUCUGCAGCAAUAGUGUCCAACAGAUAUGUUUACAAGUCUUUUCAUGCAAAUCUGAGGUCUACGUCUAUAGUCUCUUGGGUCUAUAGUGGAGAAUGAAGAAAGUGUAGGCUUUCUCUCAUGAUUGGCAGGUACUGUUCAAAAAUAACUCCUACUAAAACACUGUUAGUUUCAAAAGGGCUCCUUAUAACAAGACUUUAUUUUAAUACAUGGUUAGUUUUUGCAUAGAAAACCACACCAAGCAUUUUAUUCUAUUAUUAUUGAACACCUCCUUGUUUCUGCACUCAUUGUCCAUUUUAUCAGCUCCACUUACUGUAUAGCUGCACUUGUAGUUCUACAGUUACAGACUGUAG